AUGGAAAAUAAGAAAAUCGCACUGGCAACAAUUAACGAUAUCGAAACGGACAAAAAUGUAGACGCGCUAAGCUUGAUCACAAAAAUCGACCUCAAACUAACGAAUGGGAAAAAUGGAAAUUCCACAAAAAUAAGAAACAUCAACUUUGAGGACUCCCUAAGGAUGAAUGACGAACAGAUAAAAGUAAAAGAAGCUGUCUUUAUCCUGCACAACAUGGAAAACUUCAAUUAUUCAAUUAGUUACACGGAAAUUCAAGACAUAAGAAAUGAUUUAAGACUCUUUGCCAUUAACAACUAUCAUGAAAAAAAGUACACAGAUUGUUUGAUACAAUCUAUUCACUCAUACAUGAUAGCAAAAAAAUAUUAUUCGAAAUAUUUUGGCUUCUACAUCACGGGUGACAUGAGCACAGAGUUAAUUUUAAUUUGCAAGUGCUACGUAUUAGUGGAAAAAUAUUCCGAAGGAAAGAAAUAUUUACAUGAAUUAAAAUUUUUAAUUGAUAAUACGCUCAUUUAUAUACACAAAAAGGGGAUCCUUGAUGACGACCAACACAAAAAGGUAGAACAGGUCAACAAUGCUAGUAAGGUCAAAAGUUUAGAUUCCAACUAUGAAGAACCAGUUAUCCUCUGCGGAACGGAGGUUCUAUCAAACAUACUCUACAUUUUUGCAGAUCUGUUAAGUUUAUAUAAACAAAAUGAAGAAGCAGAAUGCUACUAUUUGAAAUAUCUCUUUAUGAUAGAAAAAUGUUUCAAGGCGGAUAGCCUAAAUUAUAGCGAUGCGCUAAAUGAUGUUUGCUCCUACUAUAUAAAAAUUAGGGACUACUCCAAAGCUUUACCCCUUUGUGAACAGAUUCUCGAAAUAAGAAAAAAAUUCUUUGGCGAUUACAAUGCAGAAAAUCCAAAUGAAGUAAUUGCCGAUUGUUACUGCAACUGGGGGUUGCUUCUUCGAUUAUCUGGGAACACGAUGGAAUCCCUACACAAGUACCUAAUCGCAGUUGAUAUGAGAAUGAGGAUCCAUAAAACAAGACAAACUAUCCAAGUGCAGGACAUUCUACUUUCCUUCGCCAUUCUCAUGCAACAACUAAACAACUUCCGAAUGUCCCUACAGCUUUACAAGGAAGUUUAUUCCUUUUACAAAAGCUACUACGGCCCAGAUGAUAUGAACACGAAAGUUGUUUUCAAAUUAAUUGAAGAAUUAGAAAAGGAUAUCAUGAAAGAAAACACCAAGGGAAAAAAAAAGGGAUCAUCCACCGAGGUGGAAAAUUGUAUGACAACCAUUAAUGACAAACUGAGGAGAGACAAUAAAGUCGAAAAAGAGUGGAAUAACUUUAACAGCAAAUCGGAUAAUAUGUCGAAAAAGUCAGACGUGGACCCAAACCUGAUUCAGAAUCUAAUGAAUGAACAAGUUUUAAUCAAUACGAGAAACAUGCCCUCUAAAAAUUUAAGUAAUAAAAGAACGUUUAUAUCAAUGGAAGGAAAAUUAAAAUAUAACGAUUUAAACUACUCCAGUAUUGAUGCGUAUAAGCACAUGCAAUCAAAUAAACAGUUCGAAAUAUUUAAGAGCUCAUUUUUUACUAUUUCCUCCAUUAACAGAAUUAAAUCUUUAUAUGCGGAUUCGUGGAAAAGUACCCUAAUUCCGUCUACUUAUAUUUUACCCUUUGUUGAAACCAAGUUAGUUGACAAUAAUUUGGUGAAAUAUGCCCAGUGCAAGGAUUUCCAAAAUGCCAUUAUUUACAAGAGAAAAAUUCUACCCAUAGUUAAUAUACCCCUAAUAGAAAGAGGAUACGUGAAAUUGGAAAACGAUCAACCGAUUAUGAUUUGCAACGAUGAUGCCAAGCUUCUCCUCAACGAAUGGAACGUUAAGGAACCAUUUGUAGACUCCAAGGGGAAGGUAAUUAGCAAAUAUGAAGACCUAGACAAGGAAUUUAAUAUGUUCAUAUCCAUUUUAGAUGAAAAUAAUGAAGUUAUGCUUGGUUUUUACAACAACCCUUUGCUUGUGCCAAACCCUGCCAUAUUUCACUGCCUCAUUCUGGGAGACCCAUACUAUUUUCACAGAUACAAUCAAGUCAAUAAUUUGUACUCCUUCGAUAAUUCAAGCAUGUUAAAUGGGAAACAUUUCAACAAAAAAUUCCUUCGACCCGAUAAGAUAAACGCCUCCAACAUUAAUGCAAAUAGUAAUAAUUUGCAUGAUUCUAACAAAUAUGAGAAAAUAAAAAAUGGGAGCACGAAACACUUGGGAUUAGGGGCCAAAAAUGGAUCUUUCCAAAUUGCGCAGAAAAAAAGCAUUGCAGAGGAAAGUAGCACAAACGGUGAAGCGAUGAAUAAAGAGGGGCACGCUAAGCCGGAUGAGACACUGGACAGAAGCAUGACCAAUGAACUCGUGAAGGGGAAAAACUUACUAAAGGAAGAAUCGGAGGGGGAGGCAUUGAAGGAGCAAAAAAAAGGGGAGACGAGCGAAGAAAAGAGCGAAGUAAAAAGGGACGACCAACAGGAUGCCCAACAGAGUGACAAAAAUGAAUCAAGGAGGGAAUCCCGCAGAGAAUCCCGCAAGGGAACCAUGAGCCAGACGCAGAACCAACCGAAGAGUACUGCCCAAAGCGAACUGGAUGAGCUGAACCAACUUAUGAAGAAAAUAAAGUCUAAGGAGGAAAGACAAGUCAAAACAACGUCAAACAUCUUUAGCGAUCCUAAAGAAGCACCGAAACAAAAACUACCAAUUAAGAAAGUGCACGUUCUACAGUUCAAGAAUAAUAAUUCCUCCACCUUAUUUUCAAGAGAAAAGUAUGCAUUAAAGAGUACCGGAAAGUUGAGCAACGUAUUUUCAAGGCCUAAAGAAAAAAUAAAGCUAAUUGGGUAUAGCAAUUCGAACCAAAACGAUAAAUUAGAAAAAACGUUAAGAGAAAUUAAAUUAAAUAAGGAACCCAUCCUGAAGGCAUCCAUUGAUCAUAAUAUCAGAAUGGAUCUUCAAAGUAACAUGAACAGCAUGGAACAACACGACAUCGACAAUUUGAAGAGAGAAAUAUAUUACGAAAAUGCAAAGUCGUCUAAUAGUCACACCAAUUCGGAUGAUUCUACCUCAGGCAAUGACAGCGAAAAGUUGUCUAGCUGUAGGAAAUACCACAAGUACAAAGGGAAGAAGAGAAAAUCGUCAACCAAGCUUUCUAAAGGAAGUACUAGUAUUGGCGCAGAUAGCAACUCUCCUAACGAAAGUGACGAUUAUGUGGAAAGUUCCAGUGACUUCACCGCAGGUAGUAGUAACAAUAGCGGUACCCAUAUAAAGACGAAUCAUUACCGUAAGGCAUUUUACCCGCAGGACUGCGAAAAUGAUGAAGAUGAAGACGUUAUUGAUAUAUGUAAAAUUCUUGAUGUGAAUCAAUCGUACGAAAGUUCAAGUCAGUACUCUAAUGCAAGUUCGUUAACAAGUAAGAAAGGGAGUCACAAAGGAAACACAUCAAGUUAUGUCAUCAACUAUGAGAAUAAUCGAGCGGGACAACCAAGUGACAGAAGUAAUAGCCCCUUCAUUUCUGAGGUGAACAACGUUAGCAAUAUAUCGAAUGGACACACAAUAUACGAAAAGGAUGGUAAGAAAGAAUGUGCCGAUUUGGGGGAUCACCAAAGUGGAUCACCAAACAUCCUCAGUAAAAGCAAUGCAUUCCACAUUAAGGACAAAAUAAGCCACAUAAAAAACGUAAACAAGAGUGACAUUUUGUUUAAAUUUAGAUUUAAUCAUGAAGGUUCAUUAAGUAACGAAAAUGUACUUUCCGAUAGCGAUAUAAGUGAGAGCGAACUGUAUGCAAAUCCGUUUGGAAGUGCACAGGGCACCGCUACCAAGUGGCAAUCCAAUGGAAGUGAAACAACGGAAGAUGGACACUCUUCAGAGUAUUCAUCUUUCCAUAGGAAGAACAAACAAGUAGGAACAUCAUCAAACGAUGAAGAUAAUAAAAUAAACGUCCCCUCUGCGGAGGAAAAUUUAUUUGUCAGUAAUGACAACAAAGGGUUCCUUAAGAAUAAUAAGGAUUAUAGCGGGGUGAACAAGACGGGGGAAGAAAUUGUCCUCAGUGAGAACGAAGAAUUUUAUGAGGAAAUAAUUUUCAAAGAGGAAAAGAUAAAUUCGGAAGAUGAAGAAAUUGCAGAUAGGUCUGAUAUUGAGAAGAGUGAUGAUAUGACAUACAACAAUUCUGAAGAGCAUUCAAAUGUGGGUUAUCAAAAUGGACACUUUAGCAAAAUUUAUCAGGACAGCCAACCAUACCAGCAAGAUGAAGAAACAACCUCAGAGUGGCAACAAAACGAACUAGCUGAUAUGGAUAAAGAAAUCUUCACAGACAAUUUAUACCUGAGAAGUAACUUCAUAGAAGAACUAGAUUCUAAUUUGAUUACCCACAAGUACAUAAGCAAUAAUACGGAAAAGGAACCCUCAAAGGAAGAGUCCUUAAAUGGAAGGAAUAACAUCCCAACUGAUUUGCUAAAUAACAAAAUGGAUAACACACAUAGCAACAAAUCGUACAAAAAAAGAAAGGGAAAAAAAUUCUUAUCAAAUAAUAAACACCUGCCUGAGAAUGAAGCAGACAUAUCGUUAAGCAAUUACCAUGAUGAAUAUUCAAGCAAAAAUGACAGUGUAAAUAUAGUGUAUUACCGCCCUUAUGAUGAUAAGGAGCACACUAAAAGGGAAAAUACGAAUGACAGACACAUCACAGGAACAGAAUUAUGCUCCAAUUUAUCCAGUACCAGUAUACACAGCAUACGUGCCGUGUAUAGUGAUAAUAACAUCACCCAAGAAUGUGACAUAAAUUAUGAUUCCUCAUUUUAUUCAAACGUAGGAAGUGAUAAUAAUAGCAAUAUCAUGAAGGGAAAGAAAAAAAAAAAAAAAGCAACCUUCCUACACCCCAAUAAAGCAACAAAAUUUUCUAAACUGCUUUCUUUUUUUUCGAAGAAGAAAAAAGAGAAACUCCCCAAAUCGAGCACGUCCAGUGGUGAACCCACCCCCAGCAAACAUUCCCCACUGAAUGAAAAAGAUAAAGAUACGCUUUUCCCAAGCAACCCCUUCAGUGAUAUAUCAAUAGACAAAAAGAACGAGAAGGAUGUCAGUCUAUCAAACAAUGCUAAACUAAGGAACGGAAAAAAAAAACGCCUCUUUCUAUCAGAACCGCUACACGGAAUGGACAAACCGAAGCUCAGCAUCAAACCGAAGGGAUUGGGGUUAAAAAAAGUGUUAAUGAUGAAAAAGGGGAUUUUUAGCAAGAAGAGUGCCCUUGAGAAGAAGGAAUCGCUAUCCAAGGGUAGCGAGGUUGGCGCUGUGGAAGAAAAGGGGAAGGCUCCUCUUGUUAAUAAGUCACCCGAAGGAGAUGCAGGCACUGGUGAAGCGGGUAAUGCGGGUGAUGCGUCUGAAAUAUCCAAAACGCCUGAACCAUCUGGCGAAGCAAACACUAAUGACCAACCGAUCGAAGAAGCGAACGCCAAGGAAGACCCCACCAAAGAAACUGGAAACGAGGACAAAUCUGUGACGAAAGAAAACUCAAAAGAAAUCACCAGUGAUGAAGAAUCAAACGAAAAAAAUAACGAAGCAUCCGAAAACGUAGAAAAUAAAUUCCCGAAAAAAAUGAACCCGCUAAGUGUUCCCAAAAAAAUAAUGGUAAAAAAAAUAGUGCCAAAAAUUGUGGUAAAUAAAGAAAUUAUUAUAAAAGACAAAAGUACCAUCAAAAAAAGCGUGGACAUUAAGCAUGAAGUAAAAACCGUGAAAAACAUAAAUGACAAAUUACCAUUCGAUGUUUUGAGAAAAGUAAAAUAUUGCAAGAUUGGAUUUGAACCGGACGAAACCUUGGGCACCCUCCCCACAGUUCAUUUGCUGAAUGAAGAUAAAGUUCUCAUAGCCAUCGUUCCCUGGCAGCUGGAUCUAACCUCCUUUUCCUUGGCAAAAUCAUCAGUCGAAGAAGAAACUAUCAAAAAAAUAGGAUUAAUGCAUAAAAAAUUCGACUUAUCCAUUGAAGACAGGAAAAAUGAAGUACUAAAUGAGAAUCGCCUAUUAACAGGAGAGGGGCUAAAGGAACUCGGUUUCACCUCCACACCAACUAGUAAGGCAGCCAUUCAUAGCAUAAACCUGCUGGAAGGUAUAGAUACGAAUGCUCUGAAAAAUGCCUACAGAAUAGAGAAACAAAGUGAACCAAAGGAAAAAACACCGACGCCGAAAAAGGAACCACCAAAGAUGGCACCGAAAGAAAAAGGAGGCGAAAAAGGAGGCAAAAAGGGAGGACCCAAAUUUAUGAAGGGACCCCCAAAAGGAGUAAAAGGAGGACCUGUUAUAGGAAAGGGAAAGGGUAAAAUAUCCAUAAUGAAGCAAGCAAAGGAUGAAGGAAAAACCAAGAGAUUUUUCUGGGAAGCCCUAUUCGAACAAGACAUUCCAGGAACAUUAUUUGAAGACAAAAAGGAAUUAAUAUCCAAAAUAGCCAUAGAAAAAGAAAGUGUGGAGAAAUCAUUUGCCAAAGCUGUUAGUAAAAAGGAAGAAACAGGAGAAUUGAAAAUUAAAAAACCAAAGGUUAUUCAACUAUUGCCUGAUUCGAAGAGGGAAUACAAUAUGUCCAUUGCUCUAUCCAAAUUUAAUAAUUACACAUUCAAAGAAAUAAGGGAUGCUAUCAUGGAUCUAAAUCCAAAAAUACUUAACAUUGACAACACAGAAGUUUUAAUGCAGUAUGUACCCACGGCAGAAGAAUUCGAAAUCGUUAAGGAGUACAUACUUUCAAAUGGUGACUUGAACUUAGUUGACAAACCAGAACAGUACGUUGCCGCACUUAUGGGAGUGCCACUACUAAAGCAGAGAUUGGAGUCCCAUUAUUUUGCUCUAUCGUUUAAGGAGAAUUACGAAAAUACCUUAACUCCGCUGGAAAAUAUAUUAGAAUCAUGCGAAGCGGUGAAAAAUUCUACAAAACUUUUCACCAUUUUGUUUACCAUAUUAAAUGUGGGUAACACAUUAAACUAUGGAGAUCCCCAAAGGGGAAAUGCCUUUGGCUUUAAACUAACAACCUUGGCUAAGCUAAAUGAUAUACGAUCAACCACCAAGCCAGUUAAAACGCUUUUUCAAUAUAUUUGCGAAAUUAUCUAUCAAAAAAGUGCAGACACUUUAGAAAUUAUUGAAGAACUGAGAUCCAUCGAGAAGGUUACCAAAACGGACAAACAGAUAAUCGACUCUAUUCUGCAGAAACUAAAAUUAGGUUCUAACAAAAUUAAAAACGUCUUAGAUCAAGCUAAAAAGAAUCCAGAUGAUCCAUUAUAUGAAGCACUCAAAGAAUUCUACUUUAGUGUAGAACCCAAAAUUGAAGAAUUAGAUACUUUCUACAACCAAACCUUUGCUGUGUUCAAGGAAAUUGCUCUCUACUUAGGCUAUAAGGAAAAGGAAGUUGCAAACAUACAAGUACAAGAUUUUUUUAAAGAAUUGUGGAAAUUCAUCCAGUCAAUUGAAUUUAACAGAAAAACAAUUAACGAGACGACUCUCAAGGAGCUCAAGAAAAAAGAAAAGGAACUGGAAAAUGUCAAGAAGGGAGCGGUCCUUAGUAAAAAACAAAAUUUCACCAUCGUUAAGAAGCAAGAGAAGGAGUCAAAAACGAAGCUGGAAAAAAAAACGUUCAAGAUAUUUUAA